UAUAAAUAGCUGGCUCAUUUAAGAUUUUAGUAUUAAUAUUUGGAGCUUCUAAGGAACAGGAGAUCUGAACUGAAGAGUGCAUCAUGUCUAAGUUUUCUGGUCUCGUUUUGUGCGCGGUGGCUGCAACCUUCAUCAGUGUUGCCAGCGGCGAGUCUCUGAGCGAAUCUCUGAAGCCAGUCAUAGAGAAGUGCUCCAAGGAGCAUGGCGUGACUGACGCUGACAUCCAAGCGGCCAAGGCCAAAGGCAGCUCCGAUGGCAUCAACCCUUGCUUCCUAUUCUGCGUGUUCCAGAAUGCUGGAAUUUUUGAUGCUAAAGGAGAAUACGACGCGGCCACCGGUCUGAAAAACCUGAGGCAGAUUGUGAAGGACAACGAUCAAUACAAGAACUUAGAACACGCCUUCAAUGAUUGUUCCAAAAUUAAGGAUAAGCCCGUGAGUGAUGCGGCUGGCUGUGAGAAGGGAGUGCAUCUGGCUGUUUGCUUGUUGGAACACAAGACUAGCAUCCUCAUCUAAGCUGUUCGGACUACAAUUGCCACGCGUUUGUACUAGAUUUGUUUCAAGAUUCCUUUUGUUACGUUUUAAUGCAAUAAAUCUGUUACCUAAUA